UUGGGCGCACGCAGGCGCUCGUGCACGCUCGAGCUGCCUCGGAACGCGGUUUGUCCAUGUGUGAGCGAGCGCGAGCGUGAUCGUGUUUUCUAAUCGGCCGCUCCUCCUCUCAGCGGGGAGCUCGCGACCCCCCGCCAACAACAACAACAACAACAACAACGACGACGACAGACUUCGGAGACCCACUUCGGGAAUGAGACCUUGGGAUGUACGCGACGGUCAGUGUCAGCAGCGACUGGUUUCUCGGCGCAGCAUCAGUGUGGACACGGCAUAGAUUGUUGUGAAUGCUGUUCUUUUUGGAACUGAUCACAUGAAUGGAUCUUGAUGUCAUCUGCCAUUUUUUUGCAAGAGCUCAAGAUAAAUCCAGCCUGUUUGCAAUCUUGGUGUCACAUUUGAUCCUGAGGAGUGAUGAAGCUUGCACCAUGACUAUGAGCUUUCCAUAAUGCUAUUGUGGUGGGUGGCAUAGGAAGUAUGGACCUGACUAACGGGCAGUCGAGUGCGAUAUAUUUUACAGCCACAGCUUCUGAGCGGAGUAGCAGCUCUGAGUCUCUGAGUGAGAAAGCUUCUAAUGACCCUAAGAAAAGUUUUGAUGCAGUGGUCUUUGAUGUCCUGAAGGUGACGCCAGAAGAGUUUGCUAGUCAGAUAACACUAAUGGAUGCACCUGUUUUUAAAGCUAUUCAGCCUGAAGAGCUGUCAAGUUGUGGCUGGAAUAAAAAGGAAAAGCACAGUUCAUCACCAAAUGUCGUAGCCUUCACUAGGAGGUUUAAUCACGUUAGCUUUUGGGUUGUCCGAGAGAUUCUUACUGCACAAACACUAAAAAUAAGAGCUGAAGUGUUGAGCCACUAUGUUAAAACUGCAAAGAAAUUGUAUGAGUUGAAUAACUUACAUGCCCUAAUGGCUGUUGUGUCGGGAUUGCAGAGUGCACCUAUCUUCAGGCUUACCAAAACAUGGGCGCUUUUAAGCAGGAAAGAUAAAACAACAUUUGAAAAAUUAGAAUAUCUGGUGUCGAAAGAGGACAAUUACAAGAGACUCAGGGAUUAUGUUAAUAGUUUGAAGAUGACUCCAUGUAUUCCAUAUUUAGGCAUUUACCUGUCUGACUUGACGUACAUUGAUUCAGCGUACCCAUCCACACACAGUAUCAUUGAGAGUGAGCAAAGAUCAAACCUAAUGAACAAUAUUUUGAGAAUCAUUUCAGAUCUUCAGCAGAGCUGUGAUUAUGAUAUUCCUCUGCUGCCUCAUGUUCAGAAGUAUUUGAACUCGGUGAGAUACAUUGAAGAACUUCAGAAAUUUGUUGAAGAUGACAAUUACAAACUGUCACUAAGAAUUGAGCCUGGCACCAGCACACCACAGUCCACUGCCUCGAGGGAAGAUCUCGCAGGAUCUGAUGCAGCACCAUCUCCACAGAGUAGCCGACGAUACAUGGCAGCAGAGGCAGCCCUAACAAAUGUACCACCGACUCCACCUUCUUCCAGGCAUCUACUGUCUCAUGGACAUAGGAAGUCCCACAGUCUAGGAUACAACUUUAUACACAAGAUGAAUACGGUAGAGUUUAAGAGUGCUACAUUUCCCAAUGGAAGACCUCGGCACUUGCUCGAUGAUAGUGUAAUGGAAAACUACACCCCUUCAAGAGUUCAAGCAGAAAGUUCCACCAUUUCCAGUGGAAUAUCAAUAGGUAGCAGUGAGGGUUCAGAACUCAGUGAAGAUGUGUCUUGGCCAGCAUUUGAAAGGAACCGGUUCUAUUAUUCUCUCUGCCCAGUGGCACGGGCUGGAAGGAAUGGCUGUCGAAGCCACAUGAAGGCCCACAGUUCUGUGGAAUCUGAGGAACUGGCAGUAAACCUCUUUCCAGGCACUGUGACAAUUCAAGGAGUUUUGAGAAGAAAGACUCUUCUGAAAGAAGGCAAAAAACCUACAGUUGCAUCGUGGACCAAGUACUGGGUGGCGCUGUGUGGAACAAAACUCUAUUACUACUCAGCCAAAUCCUUAAAACCAACAGAAAGAAAGCAUUUCAAAUCAAGUUUGAGUAAGAGUGUGUCGGUUGUGGGUUGGAUGGUGAUGAUGGCUGAUGAUCCAGAGCAUCCAGAUGUUUUCCAGCUUACAGACUCUGAAAGGGGAAACUCUUACAAAUUCCAGGCUGGUAAUAGAGGGAAUGCAAUGCUGUGGUUUAAGCAUUUGAGUUCUGCCUGCCAAAGCAACAGACAACAGGUCCCUGCGAACUUAAUGUCUUUUGAAUGACUGAAACACUGACAUAGUUCAGAAAUUGACUUGGAUACAGGCUUGAUAAAUAUGUGCAGUUCGUGAAAGGACCUUAUGGAAACGUUCCAGCAUUUUGUUCUUUCUGUGCCAGAACUGAAUCCAGGGAUGUGCUUAAUGUCUUCGUAUUCAAGCACUGACCACACAGCACUAAAUCGCUAGGACUGAAUGGGAAUACUCCGGUAGGCCUGGAAUAGCUGAGAAGCAUUUGAUAAUUGAUCUGAAUUUCCGUGGACUGUGCACUCCAAUUGCACUGACUUCCCUGUGGAACCACUGCCUUAAGCAAGAGAUAUGUUACACCAAAUAGUGUACACAAUAUAUCCAGUAAAGCUGGACUUUUGAUACAGAAAAUCCAGCUAGAUUACAGUUAUUGUAGUUAACAGUUUUGGGAGAGCUUUCUUAGCUUAUUUUUCGUUUCCUUUUCCUUCAGCAUUCGUUCGCUAAAUGCUCUAGUCUAGUUAACCCAUGUUGGGUGUGGAAACAGAAUGAACUAUGUAGACAUCAGUAUUACCGUGUAGAAUAAUUGCACAUCCAUAGGUUUUUAAUACCUAAAAAUAUUUUAUUUUGUUUGAAGAAGUGUUUUUUAACUGAACUGUUUUGUACCCAACGUAAUUUCCUUUUUUUUUUAAUUUUUACAAUGUGAACAUUUUUCCUGUGGAUUUUAUCUGCUGCAAUCUUGAAUGAAGAAACCUACCUGUGGUAACUUUGUACUAUGAACAUUUAGACAUGCCAUUUGACUAUUGUAUAUUUUUCUCAAUCUCUGACACUAAUGUAUACAGCUUGCUUUGAAUCUCUCACAUCCUGCUAACACACAGCCUGUAUUCUAUCAAGUAACCCUUGAAGUACUACUGAACCUGAUAACUUUCUAAAGCUUUUUGUGUGACUGAUGUAUUUUCCACAACUCUGGAUGUACUGUAUGUAUGUGUGUUUGCACAAGCAAGUUUAAAAAUUCUUUAGGUAUAUAUUAAAGAAAGUUUUCCUACUCAAACCAUGUCUUAGAAAUGCAAACAGCUGGUGCAAACAUUAUAUAUUGUUCCAACAAAUUCAUUUUAUUGGGAGAGUAGUUUAAACUAUUUUCAUGGCGGUAUCCCAAAUGUUCAUCUAAGAAAUGUCACAUCUGUGGUCUUCAAAUGUCUGAUGAUCUGCAAG